UUAAACUUACACAAUUUUAAUAUUGUUUUGAAUUGUUCUACCUAAUGAACAAAACAGGUACCGAGUUUUUCAAAUAUUACAAAAAUAUAUAAUGGUUGAUACACGUGAGACUAUAUACAACAACUAAUGCGAAUAUUCUCGUAGACUUUAUUUAGUGUUUUAUUUUUGCUAAAUUUUUACAAGAUAUGCCUCAUCUUUUGUUUCAAUUUCGUCGUAAUGAUACAAAUAACGAGUAUCCAACAGCAGAGUUGUUAGAAAAACUGCUUCAGCAACACAGUUUAUGUUUUGACAGAAUUGUAAAAGAAGACAACGAUUCUGUGAGCGUAAAUUUUAAAAGUCCUGAGGAUGCAAAGACUGCAUACAAAACAUUUGACGAAAUGGAGAUUUCAGGAUCAAUAAUUUCAAUUAAACCUGCAAGAAAAGAAAUUGAUCGUGCUAAUGAAACAAAGGAAAAAAGGAUUAGAAGUAGGUUUUCAAAAAAUAAAGAUGACUUUUUUCGUCAUGAUUAUUCAAAAGACCAAGAUGGGUAUCCUCAACGUCAAAAACAAAGCUACAAUCAACACUAUGAUUAUAAUAGACAUCAAAUCCCUCAACAAUAUCCCUGCAGAAUACUUGUACCUAGCGAUAUGGUAAAAGUUUUGUUGGGAAAAGGAGGUUGCACUAUAACAGCGAUGCAAACAAACACUGGCACAAAAAUUGACAUUCAUAGAGAUAAAGGACCAUGUUACCGAGGUCCCUGUGAUGAAACAAUAGUUACAAUAAAAGGAGAUCCUGAAUCAUUUUCAAAAGCAAUUCGUGAAAUUCUUUCAGCUUUUAGUAAUGAAUAUGAAAAACGAGAUACAGACGCUCGAAAACCAAUUCAACUUAAGUUACUUGCCCAUGACUUAUUAUGUGGUCGAAUUAUUGGCAAAGGUGGUAAUAAUCUUAAACAAACAAAACAAGAGUCAAAUGUUUCCAAGCUUAUUAUUUCCAAUUCUAUAUAUGAAGAAAGUUCUCAAAUGAUUCCUACUGGAUUUGUUUGUACUGGAGAGAGAGUAAUUACAAUAGAAGGUAGUUUAGAUGCCAUUUGUAUUGCUGAAUCUUUAAUAAGCAAGAAAUUACGCGAAUACAUGGAAAAAGAUGCAAGAAAUCAAUAUAAUACUAAUAUGGGUUUGUACCAUGGAGCAGCAUUUGGCGGGCAGAUAAAUUAUGGUUAUAAUCCUCAAAUGUAUCCAAGAAUGUAUGGAGGCUAUACAGUGGAUACCUUUGGAUACCCUGCAUAUCCUUCUUCUAUGAAUAAUUACCCUGGUAUAUUAGGUCAUGGAUAUCUGCCUUACACUCCACCUCAACAAGUUCCAUAUUAUAGUAAUUUUGAACCAGAAACUACUUGUAUUUUAAUUCCAACUAAAGAGGUUGGAGCUAUAAUUGGUCGAAAUGGUGGUUACAUUAGUAGAAUGAAGCAGUAUAGUGGUGCACAGAUAAGAGUCAUAAAAGGAGACGAAGGUGGAGAAAGUAAAGUGGAAAUUGUAGGACCUCCAGAUUGUCAAUGGAGAGCUUCUUUAUGCGUGUUCAGUAAAAUCAAAGAGACCAUGAAAGUGGCAUAUAGUGAGGCACAACUUAAAACAGAAUUUAUUGUUCCUGGUUCCUGUGUAGGACGAGUCAUAGGGAAAAAAGGUCAAGUUGUUCAAGACAUUCAAGAUAAAGCUCAAGCUGAUAUUGAAGUGCCUAAAGAUAAACAAGGGGCAAACGAUGUUCCUGUGUAUAUAACUGGAACCUUUAAUGGAACGCAGAUCGCUAUUUCUCGAAUUCGUGAUAUCGUACAUCGAGCUAGACAAAAGAGUGAUCCAUCUACGUAGUCAUAGCUGUACAUAAUUUUAGUUAAGUUUCUAAUUAUAAAAUAUAAGACAUAUUGCUUAUAUGAAGCAUUAUAUGCUAGUAUAUAUUUAUUUUUAUUUAUAACUUUUAUUUAUCCUCUUCAUUUUCACCAACAAAAUAUUUUUUAUUUAUAAAUUUAAACUAUAAUCCAUAACACUUUCUUUAACCAAUCGCAAUUUGCUUCAACAAAUUAUUUUUCAUAUAUAGUUCCUGUAUAUUUUUUUCAUGUAUAUUAUAUGAAAUAUAUUAGAAGCAUUUUUUCGAAUAAAGAAUUUAGAAAUUUA